AUGGAUGCCACCAUCGUUAUUGACGAACCAAAUACAUUGAUGGAGCCAAGCAGUUCACCACCACUAUCACAUGUCCACAACUAUCAACAACAAAGUCUGGACACAUUCCACCAACAUCACAACCACAAUAGACAAUGCGAGGAUAUGACACUUUAUUCAAGCAAUCCAGGUCUUCCAAAUUAUUAUGUCUCUUCAGAUUAUGUCAACCAACUGUAUAGUCUAUCAACAAACUCACUCACAAACCUGGAACAUCUUGUCAAUAUACUUAAUGAUAAUGAUGAGGUAUUCAAUGUCAAGUCACAGAUCAAGGUUGCCAAGUCAAUAUUAUAUUCUUUCGUUGAAUCCAUUCAUAAAUAUAAGCUACAGAAGGAGGGCUCUGCAUCAGCUGCCUCUGACUCUUCAGCCCUGCCGAUUCAAUCCUCCUCCGCUUCAUCCUCCUCGACGACAUUUUCUUCCUCUACCUCUACCUCUACCUCUACAUCCACCAUCAUGGACCAACAUCAACAACUUGUUCCAUCAUCAUCUUCCUCCUCUUCUUCUUCCUCAUCCUCCACAACUCCACAUUUCCAACCACAUCCACAUCAUCCUACCGCAAUUUUUUUGAACUCUGGCUUUGGUAACGGAUCCAUUACUUCCAUGACAUCACCAUCAUAUCCUGUCAAUAUUGUAAAUCCUUCACCAUCUCCGCCACUUCGAACAUUUUCCCCAAGCUCCUCAAUCUCUCCUCCACAAGCAUACUUUUUCCCUGGCACUAGCACUGGCAGCAUCGUUCCAAUGUCCAAUCAACAUAAACACACCACGUCCAACAACAACAACACCACCAACACCGCCAACAACAUUAACAACAUCAAUAAUAAUAAUAGCUUAAAAUCACCAAAGACCAAACCAAAGAAGGCUGAGCCAUACCCCACGCCAAUAGUGUCACCAACACUUAUUGCUCAGAAAGCUCAACACAUGUCAUUGUCAUCGCCAAUGAUGCAGCCAAUGCAUGGUAUGCCAAAUCCAUCACCUUCGCCACCUCCACCAUUUUUCUACCACCCUGGACAUGUCGCCAGUGCUGCCUCCGCCGCCUCCAACCUACUUUUUUCGUCUGCCGUCGCCGCCACAGCGGGACCUCCUCCAAUUUUCAUGCUGGACGACUAUUCGCCAAGUAUGGCUUCGUCCUCAUCCGCCUCCUAUGUAAAUAGACCCCUGAUGAGCUCCAAGCCUGUGGCCAUCCAGGUGCCACAGUCGCCCGCCAGCCAAGCAUUUUCCGGACAGUCUACGCCAAUCUUCCUCCAGCCCACCCACCAUCACCAACAACAACAACAACAACAUCAUCAUCAACAUCAACAUCACACAGUGGCCAACUCAUACCCGACAACAAUGACAUCAGUCGUUGGCCAUCCUUUUAUGCUCAAUCAUCACCAUCACAACAUGUCUGCACAUCAUCUCCAUCACCCUCAACACAUCCAUCACAACCACGUUAAUCUCAACGCGUCCUAUGAUGCGAUCCAGACGACCAUGAACCACCUGAUGCUGUACACGCCAUCUCCGUCACCGCCCCCAAUGUUGCCUCUGUCCAUGACCAGCAACACUGCCACUGCCACGGGUGCCAACCCCUAUCAGAUCGAUUGGGCCUCUGUCAAGCUGUCACAUUUUACAUUCCAGUCCGAGAUUGGCUCUGGCUCGUUCGGCACCGUCCGUCUCUAUCGACACCUUCCCACCAACAUCUCUUUCUGUCUCAAAGUGCUCAACCGAAGUCGCAUCACCAACUCCAAACAAAUCGAGCACAUCCUCAAUGAGAAGAACAUCAUGCUUUCCAUCUCCAACCCAUUCAUUGUCAAGCUGUUCGCCACAUUCAAGACACGCUCAUUCCUGUACUUCAUCAUGGAGUAUGUUGGCAAGGGAGAACUUUUCAAUUACAUUCGCUCAGAGAUGCAGUUUGAGGAAAGGACUGCCAAGCUCAUCAUUGCUGAGAUAGUCCUGGCACUUGAGUACCUUCACAGACAGAACAUCAUUUACCGUGAUCUAAAGCCUGAGAACGUACUUGUCGACAACUAUGGCCACAUCAAACUGGCAGACUUUGGCUUUGCCAAGAGGAUUGAUGAGAAGACAAUGAGCAUGUGCGGAACAUUGGACUAUAUGGCACCUGAGAUCAUGUUGUCAAAGGGACAUGGCAAGGCCGCUGAUUGGUGGUCUGUCGGCAUCGUAUUGUAUGAGCUGAUAACAGGCUACCCACCAUUCUCACUGGAUCCAGACAAUGACAACAACUCACAAAGCAAUAUUGCCUUCUUCUUGGAGGGCGCUCGAGGCAAUGCAAAGUCGGCCAUCGUGGACUUCCCCUCGGGCUUCCCACAUCAUUGCAAAGACCUCGUUCAAAAGUUGUUGCACUAUGAUCCCGACAAGCGAUUGGGAUCCAAGCUGGAUGCCGUUGAGAUCAAGAACCACGCAUGGUUCCAUGAUGUCGAUUGGAAUCAACUGGAGCGACGUGAUUCGUUUGGACCAUUCUUCCACCUGUCCAGCUUCAUGUCUCAGCCACUGCCAUCAGUCGAGUCAAGCAUGGCACCUGGCGACAUGGACAUCCACGCACACUCUGAAGAAGGCAGAUCAGAUUCAUUCGAAGGUUUCGAUGGACACAUCUAG